CCGCUGCUGCCGCUCUGUCCGUCCCCCCUCUGCUCUUACGCUCAUCGCCGCUCUUUCAAUGACUCGCUCCGACCCUCACCUCUCCAGCUGCCUCUCCGUCCACCAGCGGCAUUGAUCGCUCGUAUGUGACACGCCAGGAGCCCGGAUCCCCCUCCUGACUGAAACUUAAAGCCUGCACAUUCUCGAGUGUGUGGGAGCACAAUGUGGAGGAAGGCGUUGGUAGCGGCCCUGCUGGCGUUAGCCGUCGGCUAUUUCUACCACGGCUGCCCAGACCUGCAGGAGCAGAUUCUGCAGUACGUCAGCUUGCCGAACCUCCAGUCAUCCUCUCAGAACAGUCAUAACAGCCUGGAGAAGGUUAUCUCCUCUGCCUGGGAGACCCUGAUAACGUUGCCAACCAGACAGUGGAGCAAAGUGGCAGUCGGUGUGAACGCCUGCGUCGAUGUGGUCGUCACUGGAGUGGGCCUGCUGCAGGCUCUGGCUGUGGAUCCCGGGACAGGCCUGAAUCAUGAAGUGUUGCACUCCAAAGACGACCUGAAGGAGGCCUUCAUACAUUUCAUGGGUCGAGGAGCUGCUGCCGAGCGUUUCUUUAGCGACAAGGAGACUUUUCAGAGGAUUGCGCGUGCAGCUGCAGAGUAUCCUGGUGCAAAGCUGUAUGUGGGAGGGAAUGCUGCCCUGAUUGGCCAGAAACUUGCGACCUAUCCUGAUCUGAUGGUUCUGUUGUGUGGUCCAGUUGGUCCGAAGCUUCACGAGAUGCUGGACGAGCAGAUAGUUGUUCCUCCAGAUUCUCUCCAGGAGACGGAUGAAUUUCAUCUCAUCUUAGAGUAUAAAGCAGGUGAACAGUGGGGUUCGACUCAGGCACCACAGGCCAACCGCUUCAUCUUCUCUCACGAUGUGUCCAACGGGAAGAUGAGCUCACUGGAGACGUUUGUGGCGAGUCUGGAGGAGUUCCAGCCCGACCUGGUGGUCCUGUCGGGGCUCCAUAUGAUGGAGGGUCAGGGCAGGGAGCUUUGGGAGGAGCGUCUGAAAGAGGCUGUGUCUGCCAUAUCUGACAUCCGUAAAGAUAUUCCCAUUCACCUGGAGCUUGCAAGUAUGACUGACCGAGACUUCAUGAACAGCAUCAUGCAGGAGCAGGUUAUGCCCAUUGUCAGCUCCAUUGGGCUGAACGAGCAGGAGCUGCUCUUCCUCUCUCAUGCUGGCGAGGGGCCUCAUGCUGAACUGGCCGCCUGGAAAGGCAUCCCAGACGUGGGGAGGGUCAGCGACAUCCUCCUGUGGAUCCUGGAGCAGCACGGCCGCACCGACCCGUCGUCGGAGGCGGAGCUCACGCGCAUCCACUUCCACACUCUGGCCUACCACAUCCUAGCCACGGUGGAUGGAUACUGGGGGAACCAGGCCGCAGCGGUGUUGGCUGGAGCGCGUGUGGCCAGCACUCAGGCCUGCGGAAGCCGCUCUGUCGAUAUUAGCAAAGUGGUGCUCAAAGCCCCACUAGAAUUUUUCAGCUCUCACACUGAACCGAGGGAGAAGUUGACCCUGAACCCAGCAGAACCUGUGGCCGUGUGGCGUCAUGGAAACGUCACCUUUCACCUCUCGCCUGUGCUGGUCUGCAAACAGCCGCUUCGGACAGUUGGGCUUGGGGACGCCAUCUCUGCAGAAGGGCUCAUGUACUCAGAGUUAAAAGCCCAGCAGCCGUUCUGAGAUGUAUUUCAGUAUGACUCUGGGUUAGUUUGGACUUUAUUGAGCUGUGCUGCAAAGGCCCAGCGAACUUUGAUCUGCACAUGUCGUCGUUGGGUUGGAAACAUGUUACUGAACCAGGUCAAAUCUGUGUCCUGAACCAGGCCGUGUGUCUUCUUUCCCAUAACUCCUGGGAGUUUAAAAAUGUGAUCGUUGGCGUCAGUUUUGAAUCCUGCCUCAUGAACCCUUUCAGCCUGUCUGAGUCUCUCUCCGGUCUCCCAGCAGACACAAGUGCGGCGGAAUUCUGCAGAAGUAGAUCUGACCAGGCUGGGAGGCGGCCUCACUCUAUGCACCGGGCGCAGUUCAAAGCCAUCUUGACAAAACUCCAAAGAGUUCUGUUGGCUCACCUAAUUUACUUUACCCUGCAUAUGUUCAUAUGCUGUGCCUUGAAAUAGAGUUUAAAAAGCCGUUUUAUUCAUAUUCCAGAGCCAAACUUAAAAAUUAGGCUUUACACUAGUUACCCCACUGAGAUGUGUGUGUGUGUGUGUGUGUACUUGUACACACCCAAAUAGAUCAUGUUUGCCUGAAAACUGAGCGUCUUAUCAAAGUGGUAUUUAUGAUGUUUCUGUUUCAUGGGAAAUAGUCACUAGAACACUUGAAAAUUUUCUCUCCAUAAUAUAUUUACAUGUUAUAACUCUUUUUAGGUAUACAUGACAUUUUUUGUUACUUGUUCUACUAGUGGGAAUAAAAAUACUAGACUGUUGUCUUGGUUUAUGCCCUAAAUACUCACUCUGUAAAGAUGUUUUUUAGUCUCUGUAGCACAGAUGAUACUUAAUAUUGUCUCUGUUACUUGUUCUUAAUGAAAUGUUUUAAAGCUAAAUUGAAGUGUUAAACUUUUAGAUGCAAACUAAACCAUGCAAACCAACCAAGUUUUACCAGCUGCCAGGUAGUUAACCGAAGUCUCCUGCUAGCGAUUAACUGACUUUAAAGGAAAACCAUGUCAUGCAGGUUGCACAUUAUCAGGUUACUGUUCAUGUUUGUUUGCUUCUUGUUUUGUCUGAACACCCUCCUCUUUUUUUGUAGUUUUUUGCCAGAAAUGGAUGUUAAGUCAUAAACACUCCUCGUGUUACAAGCAGCAAGAGAAGAUUCCCAAUUUAAAUUUUAGCAUAAUAUCUUUUCGUGUGUACUUCAAACCUUACAUCUGAGUCACGAUAGUCUUAAACUGUGUAACUGUCAGAAUAAUGUGUUGGUAUACCUCAACUGGCCCCUGACGGCAUGCAAUAAGAGUGGAGUCUUAAAAACACAACAAAACGCUGUAUUGCUUUUUGUUCAGCAGAAUUUAUUCUUUGCACUAGUAAAACCUGCAGGUGUGUCUGCAGAGGUGAAUGUAACCUUAACUCCGAACCCCCACUUUAUUUCUAGCAAGUACAAUCUAUUCAGCUUCACUGGUUUCUGGCUCAUUUUUGUAACAUUUGUAACUCAAGUUUCAUUUACCUGUAGUUUGUCAUUAAAGUGUAUAUGGAGAGUGG